CCGCCUGAGGACCGUACAUCCGGAACCGGAUUAUGAUGCUGCCCUUGGCUUCCUUGGCAGGAUUUCCAAGGAGCUUGGAUUGCCCAUGAAGAAAGUAGAGGUACGCCAGCUCGUUAAGAGAUUACGAGGGCAGAAAGCUCGUUAGAAGGUCGUUACGAGUUUAUUAGGAGUAAAGCCGGAAGCUUAUUGGCUGGAAGUCGUCAAGCUGUACGUUUAUGUACUGCCACACUGAGCUAGGACGUUGUUCUUGUUGUGCAUGAGCUCCCUCCAGUCUUCCCUCAUGGCCAGUUGUGCCUGUAUGGGCACCCUACCUGGGAUUUGACCCCCUCAGGGCUGAGGAAGUAAAGAAAGUGGCGUAACUGAGUCUGCCCUGGUAGGGUGGUGACCAUCAUGACCUGGGAGGGCACCAACCCAGCACUGAAGUCCAUUCUUCUCAACUCUCACACCGACGUAGUUCCUGUUUACCAGGAACACUGGAAGUACAAUGCGUUCUCCGCCGUGAAGGACGCCGACGGGAACAUCUACGGCAGAGGAACUCAGGACAUGAAAUCAGUCACCAUACAGUAUAUCGAAGCUAUCCGUCACCUGAAGGCUGCUGGGAAGAGAUUUCCUCGUACUAUACACCUGACGUUUGUCCCAGAUGAAGAGGUGGGAGGAAAGAAAGGAAUGGAGACUUUCAUCAGGCACCCCGAGUUUCAGAACCUCAAUGUGGGCUUUGCCCUGGACGAGGGCCUGGCCAACCCUACAGAAGCCUUCACCGUGUUCUACGGAGAACGAAACCCCUGGUGGGUCACUGUUCGAUGUCCGGGCAGCCCUGGUCACGGCUCCAGGUUUGUGGAGAACACGGCUGCGGAAAAACUGCGUCGGGUCAUCAACUCCUUCCUGGACUUCAGAGAGAAGGAGAGGCAGCGACUGAACACGAGCGAGUGCUUCACCCUGGGCGACGUGACCACCGUUAACAUGACCAUGGUGAACGGAGGCGUGGCCUACAACGUCAUACCCGCCGAGAUGGACGUCAGCUUCGACAUCCGGAUUCCGCCCACCCUAAAUCUACAGGAGUUUGAGGAGCAGAUUAAAGCCUGGUGUAAGGAGGCCGGCGAUGACGUCACGUAUGAUUUCGCACAGAAAGCUAUGAACCAGACCACCACAUCCACAGAGGACAGCGACCCCUGGUGGAAAGCCUUCAGUUCCACCUGCAAAUCCCUGAACAUGACGUUAGUAAAGGAGAUUUUUCCUGCAGCCACGGACAGUCGCUUCAUCAGAGCGGCGGGUUUGCCUGCGAUUGGUUUCUCCCCGAUGAACUGCACCCCCAUCCUGCUGCACGACCACAACGAGUUCCUGAACGAGCGAGUCUUCCUCAGGGGCGUCCACGUCUACGAAAACCUCCUGCCCUCCCUGGGCAGCGUACCCGCCCUCAGUGUGGACACCUAGGCACACACACGCACACGCACACACACACACACACACACACACACACACACGGAGCUAUAUGCGGUUGCAUUUAUUUGGCUAUAUCUCAGCACUGUGAUUGUUUUGGACUUUGUUUUAAAGCUUUUUAUCACCAAAGAAGAGGAGCGGCCGGGAUGAGACGUCGCCCUCUAGUACCUGAUUUUAAUAAUAAUAAUAAUAAUAAAAUAAUCUCAGGAUUAAGCUUUUUAAAUCUGAAAUCAUAUUUACGCUGCUCCAGCUUCAGUACUGUAUUAUUUACUGCGGUGAAGAGUUCAACCGCUGAGUCUUAGUCCAGAGUCUUAAUUAUGUUUUUAAUUCUGAGAAGAAUGAUGUAUUACAACCAGCAUGUCUGUCUGAUUGUGCUUAUCUGUGUUUACAAUCAGUUAGCAGUCACAGUCGAGCCGGCGAUUAGUACUUGAUGUUAGAUGAUUGAUUUAUGAAUGUAUCGUGAAAAUAAAACAGUUUUAGCUCUGUA